AGCAUAUUUCAUUCACACGGAUCUUUUCUUACGGGGAUCAAACUGUGUGUACACUGCAAAAGAUGGCGGCGUGGUCUGAAAGCUUGUUGUCUCGGUAGACAGUUUCCGGGUAUUUCACCGGAAUUAGUGUACUGUAGGCCAUCCAAAAUGACAGAACAGUGUGGAUGAGGAGGUUUGUUCGAUGCAGGCGAUAAAGCGAUAUAUUUGGGUGUCUGUAUGUGGUUUUCUCCUUGUUGUGGUUUAUUUAUGUCUGGUACGGCGAAAUGGUGGUGAAGGUACCAUAUCCCAAAUCGGGACCCGAGGGUUUCUCGACCCAAGUGACUACCAUGGGUUUUCCGAGGACUACCACACAUCUCCAAAACGGAGGAGAGCUACAGCCACACAGCAUAAAAAACAGAGGUGCCGAAUGGAAACGUGCUUCAACUUCAACCUCUGCAAAAAUGGUUUCAAAGUUUAUGUGUACCCGCGUCAAAACGCUUACCCAAUGUCAAACUCAUAUUCUAAGAUCCUCACAUCGGUACAGGAGUCGCGGUUUUAUACGCCAGAUCCCAAGGAAGCAUGUGUGUUUAUUCCCGCCAUAGACACUCUGGAUCAAGAUGUGCUUAGUGUAGAUUUUAUUCGAGAUGUACAGUUAAAGUUAGAAGCGCUCCCAUACUGGAACAAUGGGAGAAACCAUAUUAUAUUUAAUCUCUAUUCCGGUACUUGGCCGGAUUAUGUGGAAAAUUUAGGUUUUGAUAUAGGUGAAGCAAUCUUAGCCAAAGCUAGUAUGUCAAUUUGGAAAUUUAGGCCAGGAUUUGACGUUUCUUUCCCUCUUUUUGCCAAAGAACACCCUCAAAAGGGGGGUGAAAAAGGUUACCUCGGUGCCUCAUCAAAUAAUAUCCCUUCAUCAAGAAACUACCUUCUAGCAUUCAAAGGGAAGCGGUACCUCACUGGGAUAGGAUCGGACACGAGGAAUGCAUUGUAUCAUAUUCAUAAUGGAAAGGAUAUUGUGUUAUUGACAACUUGUAGACAUGGGAAAGGGUGGCAGAAGAAUAAAGAUGCUCGAUGUGAGAAGGAUAAUUCAGAAUAUGACAAGUAUGACUAUAAGAAGUUAUUGUACAAUUCCACAUUCUGCCUUGUGCCAAGGGGGAGAAGACUGGGGUCAUUUAGGUUUUUGGAAGCUCUUCAAGCUGCCUGUGUUCCAGUAUUGCUUAGUAAUGGAUGGGAGUUACCCUUCGCUGAAGUCAUCGACUGGACGAAGGUGGUCAUCUGGGGCGACGAGAGGCUCCUGCUUCAGAUGCCGUCCAUAGUGCGCUCCAUCACCGAGCCUGAGAUCAUGAAACUCAGGCAGCAGACACAGUUUAUUUGGGAGGCCUACUUUUCCUCUGUUGAUAAGAUAAUAGGAACAGUUUUAGAGAUAAUCAAAGACCGGAUCUCCAGUCAACUGAGACGGUCGCAGAAGUUGUGGAAUACAGUUCCUGGUGCUACAGCCAUUCUCCCGGAGUACGCCGAUGUCAUGCAGUCCUUCCCCUUCUACUACCGCCACCUAGGGCUGACCCCCAGAACUAAAUUCACUGCUGUAAUAUAUGCAACCUCCCCUGUGAUGUCUGCAACUGCCUCUCCUCUCUUCAAGCUGUUGCGGAACGUUGCAAGGUCCACAUAUAUACAAAAGGUUAUUGUGCUGUGGCAUUGUGACAUACCACCCCCUCCAUCACACAGGUGGCCGGCAGACCUGGGAGUCCCUGUCCUAGUCAAGACUAGGAACAUUAAGACUAUUAGCUCUAGAUUUCAUCCUUAUAAAGAAAUAGAAACAGACGCUGUGUUUAGUCUGGAUGAAGAUACAUUGCUCACAACAGAUGAGAUUGACUUCGCAUUUAGUGUGUGGCAAGAAUUCCCAGAGAGGAUUGUUGGGUACCCAGCCAGGAACCACUACUGGGAUGACAGCAAGAAUAGGUGGAGCUACACCUCAAAGUGGGCCAAUGAGUAUUCCAUGGUGCUGACUGGGGCCACUGUUUACCAUAGCUACUACAACUUCCUGUACACCAACCUCCUGAGCAGUGUGUUGAUAAAAACCGUCGACCAGGCCGCAAACUGUGAAGACAUCCUUCUCAACUUUCUAGUCAGCCAUGUUACCAAACUUCCCCCCAUCAAGGUCACCCAAAGAAAACAAUACAAGGAGGCUAUGCUGGGGGCAGCCAACACCAGCAAGACGUCCCCGUGGACGGACCAGUUUCAUUUUCUACAGAGAGAACUUUGUGUGGACACUUUUGCCAGUGUUUUUGGCUACAUGCCACUUGUGCGAUCAAAGAGUCGGAUGGACCCCUUACUUUUUAAAGAUCCUGUGUCAAAUUUGAGGAAAAAAUAUCGUCAGAUUGAGCUUGUAUGACCUCAGGUGUGCUUAGUGAAUCUGCAGAACGUGAUGUCAGUUUGUCUGUCCAGCUGUGUGUGUGAGAGAGAGAAAGUGAGAGAGAGAGAGACAAGUAUGAGCUGUCAACAGCCUGCUUUUGUAUGGAAGGGUGUGUUACAAGCAGGUACUGCUCAAAUAGUCAAGAUGCAAGUCAAUAUACUUACGCGUUUCUCAAACUACCUGUAGAUACAUUUCUAAAUUUGAGACUAUUAUUCAAAGUUUGAGAAUAUACAGGGACCAGUCAUUUAUAUAGCUAUCUAAACUUGUGAAUUUCUAUCCUUAAUCUCUUUUAAGCCCAUCCCCACUGUCUAGGCAACCCUUCAUGGAUAUUUUACUCCAAACUCUAUUGUCCUCCAUGAUGUCAGUGAAGUAGUUUGUUGCAUCUGUAAAAUAAAUCUGAAAAUAAGCCUAAUCCAUCAAUAAAAUAAAUUAUAAAAUAAAUAUAUUAUUAUGACAAUAUUUCAAGAGUAUAAAACCGUAUUUUUUAAAGACACGCAAGACCUGUUGGUUUAUUACUUCCUUCCCAUACAGUUGUCACGUUUUCUGAUAUAUUUAACGUUAAUUCUUUCUGACCUCCCACAAUAAAAUACUGGUUCCUCAAUUCAGUGAAAAAGGUUAUUUUUUAACGAUUUGUGUCAUUAACCCAAUGUCAUUAGUAACAUCUCCCUUCAGUAAAUGUUAUGUUUUCAUUGUGCUUUGUGUGAAGUGUUUGAGUGUGUGAUUGGUGUGUUUUGGGAACCUGACGUUUUAUGAGAGAAAUUUAUAUUACGUGUAUGAAGCAAGCUAUAUAUUAUACUGAUAAUGCUGAGUCAUGUAUGACGGAUGUUUGUGUGGAAAUAUGAACACAUAUAGGCUUUCCAUUUAUGCCUUAACAUUAUGAUGUAACAGUUUUAACACUUUUAAGUUUUAACAAAUAUUUAAACAAUGUAACAGUUCAUCUCUGCACGUUUUAGUUGUGUUAUGAUGUGAUAAUUUAAAUUCUAUUUCAGUAGAUGAAAAUGCAUACUUGUAUUUUAUUUGACAUGCUAUGUUCAGAUCAGAUUUUUUUGAUAGCUAUGAAACUGUAGCCUUUCUCUUAAUCUGUCAUGAAAAUUUUAUGUGUUAAUUUAUUUUUUAUCACCAGAGGAUUUUCAUCUCCAUCUUGACAUCAAAUAACGAUAUUUUACUGACUGCGACAAAUGCUAAUCUUCCUGAGCAGAGCAAAAUGGUUUUCCAAUCAAAAGAAGGCAGUGCAAAGUUAUUUUCAUAUUUAGGCAAAAAAGAAAUGUACUGCUUUUCAGGUGAUUAAUUUUUAAAUAUUGGUGCUUGCGAGUGGAAUAUGUUUUGGAGGUUUUAGUGUCAAAAAGUGUGAUAUCAGAUUGGCAUUCUUCUUGUGUAAUGUGGUCAAGGGGAGGUAACUCUGUAUAUGUGAUAAUCAUGGACAUAAAAUCCUUUCAAACAUUUCUUUUUGUCUAAUUGAGUUUAAUCUGAUUCAUAAAAAUAUAUAUAUAUAAUCAUCAGGAAGUUUGAAUUUUUAUAUUCAUGCUUAUUGUUAAAGGUGUUCGUGAUUUUGAAAGAUUUCAGUAAUUAUUUCCCAAACGGGGGUAAGGUAUAACUUUGUCAUAUUAAAACCCAAACUUCAUUUAUUCAGUGAUCACAUACUGUUCAUACUUAUUGGAACAAUCAUUACUUUAUAUGAGUCAAAUUUUGAUACUUUGAGUAAAGUUAUUUCUUUUGUUAAUGCAUUUUCUGUGCUAAAAUUCCAUUCAAGAUGCAAACAAAAUAAAAUGGCCAUUAUGACUUACAAUCUUUUUAAAAAAAAAUCAAUAAAAUUGGUGACAUUUUAUGCUCAUUGCAGCAAUUACAAAUGUACUUAAUGAUUAAGACUAUUCAUUCCCACAUCACUAAACUCACAUAAUAUUAAUUCUUCCUGAACAACUAGGAAUUUUUUUGUUGAAAAUGUUUCAAAGAUUAUUUAUAUUUGGAAGAUUUUGGACUUUAAAAGAGAUAGUGAUUUCAACACAGAAAAAUUAAUACGAAAGUAGUUUAUGUGGGGUGGGGUCUUAAUAGGUACGAGAUAUAUUUUCACUGUAGUUCCUAUUUAUAGGCGCCAUUGUUAUUGUAUUUGGAUGAAUGCCACUCCAUGUUGAAUGAUGAAAUCAAUUUAGGAGCAGGUUUGUUUAAUUUGCUCUUCUGUAUUAAUUCAACGGUGCUGCCUUCAAGAAUGUCAGAUUCAACAUGAUCUCACUGAUUGGCCAUGACAUCAUCAUGCAUGAAGUCGAACUGGGACUCCAUUACCAUCGUGAUCAGUUUUACAUUUUAACAGUAAGGGUAGAUUUUACCGAAUUUUACUCGGUGGUAAUCUUAGUGCUGACAGUAAAAUAUUGUAGUGCUGAUGCUUCUUUCACCAUCUGAAAAUAAGUUUAUUUUUUAUUUUUUAUUUUUUUAUUCAGUUUUUAACUUCCUGGUUUUCUUAUGAACAUUAAUCAGUUGUUUUAUCUACAAGAAUGGUGUCAUCCCUGGAUGUAUUUAUUUGUCAUAUUCUGAACCUACAUGGUUAAGAUUUGUUAAAACGUUUAUGUAAAUAUUAUUACUUGUAUGUCGCGAUUGUUGUACAUUCAGUAUUUAUAUAACACAGGGCAUUUAUUCCCAUUAAGAAUGUUAUGGCCAAUACAUAUAUAGGUUUUAAACGGUUAUUUAUUGGAUGAUUCUCCAGUACUGUUUUCCAUGUCGUUCCCCACAUCCUGCUUUGUCAAACCUCCAAUCACUAUACAUGGAACAAUUGGGUCUAACCAAUCAGAACUUCCCUUAAAACACAUCAAGGAGGUUGUGUAGCAGCAAAUUUUGCAUGUUUGACAUUGCAAGUCAUUGACAAAUCGGUCAGUUGUUUUCAAAGUAUUAUAAGAACAAUUUUACAACAUUAAACUUCUGGGCCUUAUUUCCCCAAAUUGUCUUAGGACUAUGAUUCUUGCAAUUCAUCUGCCUUAUCAAAGUCUUGUGCACGUUAUAGCACUUUGGUAACAAUUUUUAAUCAGUUUUAAUCUUCAGUUAACAAAUUUCAGUGACUGGCGCCAAAAGCCACAAUCCAAAAAUGAAAAUAGUAUAAUGUUAUUUCCAUUUAUUUGAUCGCUUUGUUGGACUCGAAAAAAAUAUUAAGACAACAAAAAGUAACUUAAAUUUCUAGGUGAUAUUGAGCAAACGCGUUGAUUGUUGCCCUCAUGUGUUUCCAUAUCAUGAUAUCAUGUACUCAUAGGAUACAUUACAAAAAUAAGUCCAGAUAUCAUUAUACAUUGGACACCUUUCAUAACCUGAUAGUAUGAUAAUGGGAUUAGAUUGCGUACUUCAGUUCGGAUUUGUUGACUGGUAUUUCUGGUGUAAGUGUUUGCAAUGAGCAGCUGAUAAUGUUUUUUGAUAUAGGGAAGAACAUCGUGUCAGUGUUGAAACUUGAGUUUAUUAAAAAUGUAAGUAAAUUUUGGGAGUGAUGCGAUCCCGCGCCCUAUGACAGAGUUAGUGCUAUUUUGAAGGGCGCAAUAGUGAAGGAACACUGAAUUGGGAAUUAAAAAAAAAAAAUUCCCAAUAUAUGAUAUUCAUGAUAUGGAAGCACAGUCUGCCAGUAAUAUCUAUUUCACUGGCAAUUUAUGACGUUAUGUAAAGAUUUGAAAUACAAAUUUCUUAGAUUUUUCGUUCCCAUUGUGUCUGGGGUGUGGUCGGAGGUUUGGCAUGCUGUUUCCCGGUUUGUGCAUGUGAGGAACUUCAUGCACUAUUUAGUAAGGGUUUCAAGGACGAGGGACAUUUAGAUGGGGAUAAAUGUCAUUUUAUUGAACAAAUUAAGCACAGAGGAAAUGAGGGAGACCCACAAGCAUUGCUGGUCAUUGUAUGUUUAGAGCUUUAUCGUAACAUAUACCUCAUUGAGAUAUUGAUUAUCACAUCAGCAUUGAGUUUUCAAAUAAUUUGAACACCUCAUAGUUAUGCAAUUGUUAAAGUGUGAAUUAUUUCAGGAUAUUACAAGUGUGAUACGGCUAUUCUCAAAUAUCUUUAUUAAGAGUGAUAAAGAGUUCUUUUACAUGUAAUUCCAAAAAGUUUAUUUAUUGAAAAUCUUAAAUUUAUCAGAGUACAAAACUAUUGACAUAUAUCUCGUAAGUAUGUUUGUUUAUUCUUGCACAUUUGAAGCAAGACCUGUUUCAAUAAACUGAUGCUUUUAAAUUAGUAUAUGUUUAGAAAUGGUAUGUAAGUACAUUAAUACAAAUCAGUAUGCUUUGAGUUGAAAGAUUCUUUUGAAGCUUUGCUCUGUAAAAUGCAAGACAAAAUACACAGUAACUUUAUGGAUUCAUUCCAGAUUGCCACAAGUUAAUUACUCGCUUGUUGCCUUCCUUCAAAUUUUGUCCCAGUUUGGACUGGUUCCAGUUUAGUGAUUAAGUUAUCUCCCUUGUCCACCAGACAAACAGCACAACACCAGACAAUAAAGGACCCUUACUUCAGGUGGAGUUAACAUUGUUUCCUGAGUCAAUACAUAAAUAUCAAAUGUAAAAAAUGUUAAGCUCAGAGUUAAUCUCAUGGACUCAAACCAUAAGAUGUGCCGUGUCUUCGCAUCAACAGAUUUGACACACAAGCAAUUAGUUUGUUGUAGGCUAAUGGCUUGUUAAGGCGGGUGACUUGUUAUUUCAAAUGUAUAGGGGAACAUUUCAAUUCUAAAACACAAAUCAUGAUUGAAAUAAAAUGUCCAAAAUGAUACAGAAUUGACAUGUCAUUAAUGCAUAGAGGUCUCAGAUUGGUUGAAAAUGUUUAAGAAAAAGGAGAAAUUGGUAUUACUUUAUAUAUAUAUAUGAGAAUGUAAUAUGAUACCCUCAAUUCCUACUAUAACAUAUGGUUGAUAUUGGAAAAUGCUAAUGUAUCUAGAGGCAAUAUUUUUGUAUUUAAUACAGGUAUUUAUUAAUGCAAGAUUGUUUGAUGUAACGUCUUUACACAGUUGCAGCAUAACACUGUGGUCACUAUUGCAGUCGAAUAGACAUAACACUGAGUGAGCUUUUCAUUGACCAAUAUUUAGCAUGGAAAUAACUGUAAAUAUUUUGUAUUAAAUAAAGCAACUCUUCAGUCAGCAUUUAGUGAUGUACAAUCUGAACAAGGUCAAAGGUUAACUUGAUUAUGAUGUUGGUGAAGUUUGAUAAGAGGAAUAUUAAGUGGACUUAUAUGGGAUAAUGAUUUUGUUCAAUUUUUUUUUUUGUCGGACCAUCUCACUAGACGAUCUUCAAUGGCGAGUUUUCAGUUGCGUAUCAGAUUACAGACAUUUAGAGAUAGUUUUGCGUGUAUGGGCUUUUCUGUUCUAUCAAUUAUUGGUGCACAAGUCUGUUGUUCACCCAUAUUAUAUCAGAUUUUGCCUGUUAAGCAACUUUACACAAUGGGCUAGUCCUGUUGGUCUGACACCGAUACUGUGCACCAAGUGUUGAUACUGUACGGGGGCCCCUGGGUCAAGGUCAUGUUGAUGUACAUAUAGGUAGUGAUGGCGGCGAGGAUGCAUAAAGUAUGUGUGUCAAUAUCUUGUGUAUAUAAAUAAAUAAACAUUUGUACAUGCUUCAAUAAACUGUAUAUUACAAUAUGAA